AUGGAGAAAUAUAGUGAUUGGAUGGAUAAGGGUACGGGUAUCAAACCAUUUAUACCAAGCUCCUCUCAAAAAACUGGUAUUUUACCACUGUUACGAUUAUUCCUUUCUGCUAUUCUCAUACAUCCCCUGCUGCUAAUAUGGAUUAUAUUUUAUAUGUUUGGGUCGCGUCUGAGAAUACUGGAGAAUUUGAUUCUGCGUAAUUUGGUAACUUUACAUUGCAAGGUUACUGUAGAGGGCGUUAAGGAACGCGAAGUCACCAGGGAACAUAGCCCCCAGGCUAACAAUGUGUAUUUUGUGAAUUACACGUGCCCAUUAGAUGGACUACUGCUAGCUUUUAUAUCGAAUGCACCUGUGUUAUUGAUUAUUCCUAGAGGAAAUAAGUUAUAUCGGUUUACAGCCUAUGAAUUGUUUAGAUUUACGUUAAGUGGCAGUUUAGACAUCCCACCAACACAACCAUUGAUUGAAGAAUAUCAACAGCUUAUGAAGUCUGGCAAAGCAAUUUUUGUUUUUGCAGAAGGAACUACCUCCACUGGACAGAGCGUGCUGCCAUUCCAGAUCACAGAGCAGGCAUUUUCAGCUUUAACUCGGGACUCCAGUAAGAUAUAUACAAUUCAUUUAAAGUCUAAGGUUGCACAAACUACUCCAGUAGCAGUUAGAUUUUGGGGUUAUAUUGCGUAUAUUGCUAAAGCUGGAGUUCAUUAUAAGUGUACAAUUGGUGCGCCUCUAGACAAUCCAACUUUAGACGCUAUACGCAUAAAGCUAGCUGGAGGCGAUAAGUAUAUGCUGGUGAGAAAGAACCUAGACUUAGAGGCAAAGAGAAAAUUCGUGCGCGCAUGGAACGCUAAUAAUAAGUUAUGA